AUGUGCGGUAUCUUUGCGGCGCAUGCCUAUGGCAAGCAGGACCUGCCUGCAUUCCGCUCUCGCGCCGUCGUGAGUCUCUUGGCAGCCCAUAGCCUCCUACGACGAGUGCCUUUGGGGGGCAGCACCUCACUUAUCUUCGCUGCUUCCACCCGCAGGCCCUCUCGAAGCGACUGCGUCACCGUGGACCGGACUGGAGUGGAUGCAAGAUGACCGACGACAGCAUCCUCGUCCACGAGCGGUUGGCGAUCGUUGGAGUUGGUCAGUCGGGAGGAGGAGGGCUCAACGCGGGCGGGCCUCGUACUUACGACUUCUGGUAUUACUCCGACCAGACACGGGCGCCCAACCCAUCACCAACGAGGACGAGACCUUGAUCCUGGCCGUCAACGGCGAGAUCUACAACCACCGAGCCUUGCGCAAACAGCUCAAGAACCCCAACGCAAAGUUCAAGACUCACUCGGAUUGCGAGGUCAUCAUGCACUUGGUGAGUGUCGGUUUCGAUCCGGGCGAUUCGUGAUCUCGUACGGCCCAAAAGCCGAGCCGGAUCGAGCAGGACAUUCGGCUGACCAACCCGUCGAUUCUUCCUCCCUUCCCAGUACAAGGAACACGACACCGCUCUGUGCUCGAUGCUCGACGGCAUGUUCUCCUUCGUCCUGCUCGACAACUCCGUCACCCCCUCGCGCAUGAUCGCCGCGCGUGACCCGAUCGGUAUCACCACACUCUACCAAGGCUGGAACUCGAAGCGUCCCGGCUGCGUCUACUUCGCGUCCGAGCUCAAGGCCUUGCACGACGAGUGCGACGAGAUCAUCUCCUUCCCCCCUGGUCACGUCUACGACUCCAAGACGGGAAAGACCGAACGGUACUACCAGCCUUCGUGGUGGGAUACGGACGUCCAAGCCGACAAGGCCCCGAAGAAAGAGGCCGACCUCAAGGCCAUUCGCGAGACGCUUGAAAAAGCCGUCAAGAAGCGUCUCAUGUCCGAAGUCCCUUAUGGCGUCUUGCUUUCCGGUGGUCUUGAUUCGUCCUUGAUUGCGGCUAUCGCGGCGAGGGAAACGGACAAGGUCGCCGCGGCGCAGAACCACUCGAGGGAUUUGUCCCGUGGCCGUUCGGCACCCGCAGGGCAAAAGAACAAGGGGGGACUCGUCGGGAUUGACGAGGAUAGCAAGGACGAGGUCGAGACGUUGACCGCGUGGCCUCGCUUGCACUCGUUCUCGAUUGGGUUGGAGGGGUCGCCCGACUUGAUGGCCGCUCGCGUCGCGGCCGAUUACCUCGGAACGUUCCACCACGAGUACACCUUCACGGUCGAGGAAGGCUUGGACGCCGUCGAGGACGUCAUUUACCACCUCGAGACGUACGACGUCACGACCGUUCGCGCCUCGACCCCCAUGUACCUCCUUUCGCGCAAGAUCAAAGCCAUGGGCGUCAAGAUGGUCCUUUCCGGUGAAGGGUCGGACGAGAUCUUUGGUGGUUACCUCUACUUCCACGCCGCUCCUUCGCCAUUGGACUUUCACCAAGAAUGCAUCAAACGCGUCAAGAACCUCCAUACCGCCGAUUGUCUGCGCGCCAACAAAUCGACCAUGGCAUGGGGACUCGAAGCACGCGUGCCUUUCCUCGAUAAGGAAUUCCUCGAAGUGUCGCUCAACACCCGUGCGGAGGACAAGACCUUCUCCAAAGGCUCGCUCGAACAAAAAGAUAAGGACGGUCGACCCAUUAUGGAGAAGUACAUCCUGCGUAAAGCGUUCGACCUCUCGCCGGAAGAAGGGCGUCCUUACCUCCCCGAUUCGAUCCUCUGGCGUCAGAAGGAACAAUUCUCCGAUGGGGUCGGGUACUCGUGGAUCGAUGGGUUGAAGGCGCAUUCAGCCCAAUCGGUGACGGAUGAACAAUUGGCCCAGGCGAAGGAGAGGUAUCCGCUGGAUACGCCCGAAACCAAGGAAGCGUACUUUAUUCGACAGAUCUUUGAGUCCCACUUCCCGACCGAUGCGGCGGCGAAGACCGCGGUGAGGUGGAUCCCUAGGGCCGAUUGGGGUUGCGCAGCUGAUCCCUCCGGUCGUGCGGUCGCGAUUCACGAGUCGGCUUAUAACGCUGAUGAAUAG